AUUCUGUUGGCGACUACAAAGGCGGUCGAAAAAUGUCACUUAGUGGCAAGGAUAUUGAUUUACAGGCGAGAAAGGAGGAAGCCCUCUUGUUUAUUCAUCACGUCAGCUCCCCUCCCCUCCCCUCCUCCUGCUUUCCUCCCCUCCCUCCCGCCUCACACAACGGCCGCCGUCCGUCGUUCCAAUCGCUUCUUCUUCGUUCCGCUCAAAAACAACCUCCAGUCUCGUCGCCACCAUAAACCCCUUUUGGAACCAGCCUCCCAACACAUUUCCACACUGAUACACGAUGGACGCUGGCAAUACAGAAAACGCACCUCUGUGAGUUUCUUGAGGCUGCGGUCUUACUUCUGGUUUGUUUUUUUGUUUUUGUUUUUUUUAAACAUGAGCGGCUCGUUUGUUUGGCUGGUAUGAAGGGAGGCAGGCCGAAACAGGUCCUGCCUCCCAUUUGUCUUGGCGUGUAAAUAGCGAGUGAGCCUCAUCUCACUCGGUACUCUCGCUCUCAAGGAUGAGAUCCUUAAAGCACCUGAAGUCUCACAGCAGACGGAUUGUGGAGGAGGCGAGCCGGCGCCUGGGUAGAUGUGAGCCCAAGGUAAUGGCCAGGCUGAUGGACACAGGCACACAAACGGAUCCGGUGGUUGUGCUGUCCUUGGCCCAGGCUGCCGUGCUCGGUCUCAUCUCCCAGAAUGAAGUCUUCGGCGCAACCAUCGCACCCAACGGCUUCUACACCGGUGAGCCCAAGGAGUCACCCGCGCCACCGGUAGACGGAGUGGACUACGAGUACGCGGACCAGCUUAUCGGCGCCAACGGAGAUUACCUCGGGGAAAACUUGGCGGAGGACGGACAGAUGCAACCCAGCUGCAGUCAGAGAAGGUGGCAGCAGGGGCCACCUCAGCACCCUGACGUGAAAAUGGCGGUCCCCGAUCGCCACGUCCUCCAAGGUGGUGACGGCACCGUGUCUCACAUCAAAGGGGAAGCGAUGAACUCUGUCUUGACCUCGUGCGUCCACAUGCUUAACAAUAUGGCUCCCAGAGGGGGUUUGGUUCAAGUGGACCCGGCCACCUUGAGAGGAACGAACAAGAACUGUUCCGAGUGCGAGCGGGAGGCAUCCAACCAGCAGCAAGCCGGCACCCACGUGCACCCGACUCCUCCCACGCAAGUUGCCCACCGAGGAGCGGAGCACAGAGGACUGCAGGGCCAGCGCCCCCUGGGGGGCCACGGCCGAGGCGAGGGUGAGGAGGAGGUAGCUCACCAGGGCAACAACAUGAUGAAGCCCAACCCGCAAGAUGAAGCCAUCAGCAGCUACUUCCAAACGAGCGAAGUGGGCAGCUACGACUCGGGGGAAAUGGCCAUGGGGGCCGAGUAUGAAGACGGCAGCCAAAGCAUGAUGUGGACAGACGGGAGUGGCGGCGGCGGAGGCGGGCAGCCACAAGCUGCGCAGCCCCCCAGGCGACACGGCGGCCGCAGAGUGGACCGCCUGGACAUCAACAUCCAGAUCGACGAGUCGUACUGCGUGGACGUGGGCGACGGCCUGAAGCGCUGGAAGUGCCGCAUGUGCGACAAGUCGUACACGUCAAAGUACAACCUGGUCACGCACAUCUUGGGUCACAACGGCAUCAAGCCGCACGCGUGCCCGCACUGCGGCAAGCUCUUCAAGCAGCCGAGCCACCUCCAGACUCACCUGCUGACGCACCAGGGCACGCGGCCUCACAAGUGCGCCGUGUGCAAGAAGGGCUUCACACAGACCAGUCACCUGAAGCGCCACAUGCUGCAGCACACCGACGUCAAGCCGUACAGCUGCCGCUUCUGCCGCCGCGGCUUCGCCUACCCCAGCGAGCUGCGGGCACACGAGGUCAAGCACGAGCGCGGCCGUUGCCACGUUUGCUCGCAGUGCGGCCUGGAGUUCCCCACCUACGCCCACCUCAAACGCCACCAGACCAGCCACCAGGGGCCCCACACCUUCCAGUGCACGGAGUGCAACAAGUCCUUUGCCUACCGCAGUCAGCUCCAGAACCACUUACUGAAGCACCAGAGCCCCAGACCUUACACCUGCUCCCAGUGUGGCUUGGAGUUUGUGCAGCUGCACCACCUGCGCCAGCACUCGCUCACCCAUAAGGGCAUGAAAGGACACAAGUGCGAAGUAUGUUCACGUGAGUUCACGCUGUCGGCCAACUUGAAGAGACACAUGCUGAUCCACAACAGCGUGAGACCCUUCCAAUGUCACGUGUGCUUCAAGAGCUUCAUUCAGAAGCAGACGCUCAAGACCCACAUGAUCGUCCACCUGCCCGUCAAACCCUUCAAAUGCAAGGUGUGUGGCAAGUCUUUCAACAGAAUGUACAACCUGCUGGGCCACAUGCAUCUGCACGCUGGCAGUAAACCCUUCAAGUGUCCCUACUGCACCAGCAAGUUCAAUCUGAAGGGUAACCUAAGCAGGCACAUGAAGGUCAAGCACGGCAUGGAUGUGUCACCUGAAGGACAAGAAGUACUUCCUGAAAUGGAGAGCCAGGCAGAGUAUGAAGGCCAGAACUUCAGCUUCACAUCAGGCGACAACAUGGACAAUAAUGGCUCGCAAAACCUCACCAAGCUGACCACAGCCAACAUGGACGACAUGGAGGAGUACUACAACUUUGGCAAAGACACCAGCACCUACACCACACCCUGAGUGGACAAAAGGGUGCGCGUGCGUGUGUGUGUGUGUGUGGAUGGCUGGGGUGUGGUGGCCGAAGUUUAAUAAUGACUUUGAGCUGCUCAUUUUUGGGACGCCACUGGCUCAAACCUUGUCUGUUGUGUGUGGAUUUGUUACAAAAAAAGAAACGACAACAAAAAAAAGUUCCACAUCCAUCAGUAACAUUCGAUGUGAUUCAUGUCAUGCACAAGCAACCCUAUUAUUAUUGUCUGGACUGAAACGGUUACGUACUCACGCCAUAUAGAUGUGUAAUACAUAGUCAACACAUAUUCUUAGGUGUGAAUGCACUUACUUAACAUUACGGUUCUUAUGCGCAGUUCUGUCGACGCAAUUCCGCCUCAACCUACAACAAGUAGUUGUAGGCACUGAAAGAAUCUAAUCAGGUAAAUUUAUCACACCCCAACGAUACUUGGACCUCUGCAAAGUCAGCUCGUCAUAGUCUUCUUUCUGCCCCGGAACCUUCCCUGCUCUUUUCUAAAUAUUUUUGUUCUUUCCUGAAGUCCAAAUUUCAUGGUACCAUAUUUUUCCUCUUUUGUUAGAGCUUCCACUCUCAUACUUUUGAGAGGUCCAGCAAUCGUUGUUGUGUCGGGACUGAAGUGAAGUACUUUAAGCACCUUGUUUUUUCCCCAUUUUCUACACCAAUCAGAUCUCCACCCCAAAAAGUAAAUAUGCAGGUUAGGGUGAAAUGAAUAUUCUAACAUUUUAUUUGUUUUGUUUUCUUAACUUUUUCACUAAUAGAGCAAACAUCACAUGACGUUUUUGUGAGGCAAGUUUGUUUCUGUUCGAAAGAAGGUUGUGUUCAUUGAGCUGGAGGAAAUGAGAUUGUAAAAAGCUCUGGCAAUAUGAUUUCCUGUACUGUAAAUUUUGUUCAAACUGCGGUUUGGAGCCAGUAGGGGUUCUGUUUUCAGCAGACUUUUUUUUUUUUAACUUUUAGUUCCAGCAGAAACAUAUUUCAUUGAAAAAGCUCCUAAAAUGUGGAUUGUGUACAUGUUAAAAAAAAAAAAAGUUGUUGGUUAAAAGUGGACUGAAGAAAGUCUUGCUUAUACUGUAUUGACGAUUCUGUUGUGGGGAGGUGUGCUCCCCCUGUCCUGCCAUGCAGGUCAGUCAGCUUUGAUAUGCACACUCAACCACAACAGUAGACUAGAUCAGUGUUUCCCAACCUUGAUUGAGCCAAGGCACACCUUUUACAUUUGAGAAAUCUCAUGACACGGCACCAAUCAAAAAUUUCGUAAAACGUACUAAUACUGAAAUAACGAUCUUGUCUAAAUGUUCUUACAAAUGUACUUACCCAGAUCUAAUUAAGUAGUCGAAAGGCCUGAUGUAAUCUAUUGUAUAAAUGGUACGGAUGGAUACACGGUGUAUUGUACCUUCCGACAUCUAAUUAAUGCAAGAGCAGUUCAUUGUUCUGCUUGUCACAAUAUGUCACUGGCAUAGAUACAUUUAUUUGUAAUUAAUAAAUAAUUUUCUGACAACUUGCUGCAGCUCCCCAGAUGAUGCCUCAAGGCCCAGGAGUGUGCCACACCACUGUGGUUGGGAAUCACUGGACUAGUUGAUGAAGAAUUGAAGCAUCAUGGGAACUGACUAUGGAUUAUUUAAUAAAAUACAAUUUAAAAAAACU